AUGGCAAGCCGAGGCAACCAAAGUCGUUCUAGCGAUGAAGAACCUCGUAGAGAGCGAGAUCUUCGCGACAUAGAGAAUGAUGAGUUGCGGCGGCAAGUCCAAAAUCUUACCGAAAGGUUGGCUCGUUAUGAGCAAAACCCGAGUGAAGAGGAGGGCGGCACCACUGAAGAAGAUCGCAACACCUUCCGUGACCAAAGUUUACGUCGUGACAUCAAGGUAGACAUUCCUGAGUUUGAAGGAAAAAUGCAACCCGACAUCUUUCUAGAUUGGCUUAACACUGUUGAGCGAAUCUUUGACUACAAAGAGGUCCCCGAUGAGCUUAAAGUGAAGAUUGUAGCCAUCAAGCUUCGAAAGCAUGCAUCAAUAUGGUGGGAGCGCCUCAAGUUGCAAAGAGCAAAGGAGGGCAAAACCAAGAUUCGUACUUGGAAGAAAAUGAAGAAAGAGCUUCGCAAAAAGUACCUUCCCGAAACUUACCUUCAAGAUGCAUUUCUCACUAUGUAUCAAUUCACUCAAGGGAUGCGAACCGUGGAGGAGUACACUGAAGAGUUCGACAAUCUUAUGGUUCGUUGUGGUGUAGCAGAGGCCGAAGAGCAAACAAUAGCUCGUUACCUUAGCGGAUUGAGGCAUGACAUCCAUGAUAUGGUACACCUCCAUUCUUUUAUUUCUCUUAAUGAUGUUAUUAAACUUGCUACUAAGGUGGAACGCCAACUUCAACAACGGCGAGAAAAGGGUUUAACAAAUGCUCCUGGAGGCCGAAAUUUCAAGCAUGAGGGCAUUCCUAACCGGGGGAGUGCAUCGCAAUCUCAUUCAUCUUCUACAUCUAAGCCAACCACGAUGGUGAAAAAAGAUGCUUCAUCUUCUUCUCGGCCAACAUCAUCUCGACCUCAAUGUUUCAAGUGUUCUGGCUAUGGGCACAUUGCUUCUGAGUGUCCAAAUAGAAGAGUGGUUUCUCUUGCCGAAGAAAGUGAUAGUGAAGAAAAUGAGUCAGAUUCUAUAUAUGAUGAAAUUGAAGGAGACAUCACAUAUAGUGAUCAUGGUGAAGCUCUUGUGGUCCGUCGAACCCUGAAUUCAAUACGAAGCGAAGAUGAUCACAUGUGGCUCCGGCACAAUAUCUUUCAUACUCGAUGUACGGCUCAUGGCAAAAUUUGCAAUGUUAUUAUCGAUGGAGGAAGUUGCGAGAAUUGCGUCUCAAUGGAGAUGGUGGACAAGUUGAAACUCAAGACAAAACCUCACCACCACCCAUAUUCUCUUUCUUGGCUCAAGAAAGAAAAUGAGGUAAAAAUUUCCCAACGUUGCCUUGUUCAAUUUUCAAUUGGAAAAAAUUACCAUGAUGAAAUAUGGUGUGAUGUGGUUCCUAUGGAUGCUUGCCAUUUACUUUUGGGGAGGCCAUGGUUAUUUGAUAGAAGGGUUGUUCAUGAUGGAUACAAAAAUACUUAUGCAUUCUUGAAGGAUGGUGUCAAAAUAACCCUUAGGCCUUCAAAAAUGGACAACACACCCAAACCCAUUAAGGGAGAGGGAAGUACCUUUUUGUCCAUGGCAGAGUUUGAAGUUGAAAUUCGAGAAGCCUCCCAAGCAUAUGCUCUUAUAGUGGUGGAAUCUAAUCCAGAGGGCAAUUUAUUGCCACCCAAGAUUACUUCUUUUUUGCAGGAAUUCCGAGAUGUGACUCCCCAUGAAAUUCCUUCUGGACUUCCACCAAUGAGAGAAAUCCAACAUUGCAUUGAUCUUAUGCCAGGUGCAAUUUUACCAAACAAGGCGGCAUAUAGAAUGAGUCCCAAGGAGCAUGAAGAAUUGCAAAGACAAGUGAACGAGUUGGUGGCCAAAGGCUUGGUACGUGAAAGCAUGAGUCCAUGUGCGGUUCCUGCCUUACUUGUCCCCAAAAAGGAUGGAACAUGGCGCAUGUGUAUUGAUAGCCGAGCUGUUAACAAGAUCACCAUCAAAUACCGUUUUCCUAUCCCUCGGCUAGACGACAUGUUAGAUCAACUUGCCGGCGCUUGCAUCUUCUCCAAGCUUGAUCUUCGAAGUGGCUAUCAUCAAAUUUGCAUGAGACCGGGUGACGAAUGGAAGACGGCAUUCAAGACAAGAGAUGGACUAUAUGAAUGGCUUUGUGAUGCCAUUUGGGCUCUCUAA